CUAUUGAAACUUGUUUCGCUUUCGUAAAGCAAGCCAGAUCCAAAAUGAUCCAAAGCUCUUUCUGGUCCACAGUAAUGGCAGCGCACGUGGAUGUCAAGCGGGUGGUGGAGGCCAUAAAGGCGCUUCGCACCAUAGAGCGCAAGCACCUCACCAAAAAGCCUGUCAAGAAUAUUCUGGACGAAGACACAGCGCUGGAGCACGACGUAUACCUCCAGUUCACCCUCAAGAAGAUUCCCUACAACAAAAGUGCGCAAUGGAUCAAAAUAAAUCUGCCGCACAGCCUAACGAAUGACAAGGCCGAGAUCUGCCUCUUCACUGGUGACCUCGACAAAAAGGACAGGCGAGCCGACAGUGAGCUGACGGUCGAUCACUACAAGGAAGUUCUGGCCGAUGCUGGCGUCACUAGGAACAUUGAAAUCAUACCACUGCGUCAGCUUAGGACGGAGUACACGCCGUACGAGAGCAAACGCAACCUCUGCGCCAGCUACGAUGUUUUCCUCGGUGACAGCAAGAUCCUGCCCCUGUUGCACCGCCUGCUUGGAAAGACGUUCUUUGCCAAGAACAAGCUACCAAGACGCGUCGACCUGUCCUCCAAGCACCUCAGACGUGACAUUGAGACGGUAUUGUCCUCCACCGAGCUUCCACUUCGGGGAGAGGGAACAGCGAGCACGGUGAAGGUGUGCAACCUGGCCAUGAGCGACGCCGACGCAGCCGAGAAUGUGAUGGCCGCCUGCGAGGCGCUGGCUUGCCGCUUGCCCGGAGGUUGGCAGAAUGUCCUCUCACUGCAUAUCAAGACCCAGAAGUCGCCCAGUGUUCCCCUCUAUAUGUCUUUCGGUUCGCGCAAUGCGAUUCGCCUACCCAAGCCGCGGGAGCCGGACUACGACGUCGAGGGCGACUUAACAACCAUCCCGGGAGCUCGCGUCACGGUCAAGCGUUCGGGCCAAGUGACGCUUCACAAGGCGGCUAAGGACCUCACAGACGAGACGCUCGGCGACAGGAGACUGAGGCGCUUGCUCGAGAUCCAAGAAAAGAGUGCCGAGGAGACCUCACACAAGUUCGACAAGAAGGCCAGGUGCCGCAAACUGCUCAUUCAGAGCACCAUGCGGAACAAGAAAUCGCGCAAGAACAGACGACUCAAGGCUGUCAAACUUCCGGCACCUCAGACGAAAACCGCCAAGACGAAGAAGCAAGCCACAAAACCGAAGAAAAAGGCUCCCAAGCAGAAGUGACCGAGCAAUAAAGAUUCUAUCUAGUUACA